UCGACGAUUUUUGAUCGAAUUUCACUUAAAAAUCUCACAAAAAUGGCAAAUAUUGCUGAAAAGAAGAUGUGUCGCUUCUGUUUUGAACCUGAUGCGAAAAAACUUGAAGAUAUUUUCUUGCAAAUACCCGGAAAAACGCCUUUAGCUGUACAAGUGAUGUCUUGCGUCUCGAUUGAAAUCUUUGAAGGAGAUGAAAUGCCCCGUUUUUGCUGUAAUAUUUGCCGAAAACUAAUGGAAGUGAUGCAUCAGUACAAACAAAUCUGCCGAAAAUCUGAUAUUUUGCUGAAACAAAGUCAAAUUACGGGAAAUUUAACAGGAAAUGUGUUCGAGUUGCCUUUAAAGCUACUUCGAGAGUGCUUACCUGAUGAGAAAAAAGCUUCCAAAGUGACUUCAGAUCAAAGUACAAUGACAGAAAUCCCCAAAAAAGUCGAUAAAGCAACUGAAACGAUGAAAAAAAGUCAAGUAACGAAGGAAACACAAACAAUUGAGAAGAAAAUUGUUUCAAAAUCGGAGGAUUUGAAGAAAAUUUCAAUUGAAAAAGCUCCAAAAUCAUCACAAACGACAAUAAAAACUCAUUUUCUGAAGAAAACUCCAACGGCAGAGACGAAAAUUGUUAAAAAAGUCGAACCUAAAGUUGAAAAAGUUCAACCAGUGACGCUCGUAAUUGAAAAUGUCGUCGAAGGAUCUCCCAUUGAAGUUCAAACCUCCGAAGAGCAAAUCGAGAUACUCGAAUUAACCCAAGAUGAGUCCGAAAAGUUGGUUGAACAGCCUUUCUUGCUGAAUAAAUGUUACGAACAAACCACAUCGAAGCCUGUGAUUGAAUUCAAAAAAUUUGUCAUGACCGACAAUGGAAAUUUUGAAGUUGAAAUUCUCGAAGGGAUCGAAGGUUCGAACGAAAAAGCCAUUUUUUCGUGUGAUUUUUGUUCAAAAACCUACAUGAUUAAACAACAACUCGAACUGCAUUUGGAAACGCAUUUCAAAGAACGCAAAUUCACUUGCGAAAAAUGUCAAAAUAAAUAUUUGUCGAAAAAUGAUCUUGUGAAACACUUGCAAACGCAUGCCUCCGAGAGACAACAUGUUUGUGUCGUUUGUGAUCGAUCCUUCGCCCGAAGUGGUAUUUUGAAGAGACAUUUAUUGCAACACGAGGAACAUUUGACUUUUGUGUGUAAAAAAUGCCCCGAAAAAUUUGUCACAGAUGCCGAUUUGCAGAAACACGUUGAAUUCGUGCAUAACAAGCCUCGCCCGUUCCCCUGUAAACUUUGCGACAAAUCAUUCGCCUUCAAACAAGGCCUCGAACGACACAUGCCCGUUCACGAUCCCUCCCAAAAACCGCACGUUUGCGAAAUUUGCAACGAAAGUUUCCACACGGCAUCCAAAUUGCAACAACAUUUGCCCAAACACACCGGAAAACGACGAUACGCCUGCAAAUAUUGCCCCAAAACCUUCAUUUUAUCGCAUCAUCUUUCGCGUCACGUUCGAUCCGCACACAAAUCUCUCGGAAAUACAUCGGUUCCGAAAAAAAUCUACAAUUGCACGGAAUGUUCGGAUGUUUUUACGGAUCACGAGGCUUUUAUAGCGCACAGUGCGGAACAUACAACGCAAAAUUUAAUUUGUCCCUUAUGCAAACUCAAAUUCGACAAGAUGGAAGAUGUCGAUUUGCACAUUGAGGAACAUGCCCUUGCUUCGACCCAUUAUUCUUGUAACACUUGUAGCUGUGCUUUUCUGUCGGAGGAACUGCUGGAAAAGCAUUUUAAGGAAAAUCAUUCGUUAACGGAGGAAAAUGUGUAUAUUGUCGAGACAAAAGCGGAAGAUGACGACGAACCAAAAGUUAAAAAAGCGAAAAUCGAUGAUGAAAGUUGUUUCAAAGUCCCAAAAGGGGUGACUAUUAAGAAGAAAUCCAAAUAGCAUUAAUUUUUAAUUUGAACG